CAGAUGAAUUUGUUAUAUUAAAGCAGCAAAACCAAGAGAACAAUAAUGAGACACAUAAAUUUCAGUGAGGAGUAAAGAAAGGCAGACAAAUAUAAUGAAUUGGCAACUACUCCUACCAGAAUACCCAACUGAGCAACCAGAAUGGGUCCUGGAAGAUAUCAAGUUAAUGUUCUACAAAUGUGUCAGAUGGCAAUUUGAAGAAACAAUGGAUCCAAUCAGCUGCCCAUAUCACUACUUCUGUGAUAGUACCUAUCCUGGUAACUAUUCACCUGUUGUGGAUAUUCUACUUCUUAUAUUCACUACUUUUUCAUACUUUGCAACUCUUUUCAUCAUGGUAAUGGACAUAACAGGAAAAGGCCAAACUAGUAUUACAAUGUUAAAGAGAUUUUUUUUACCUUCUGGGCCAAUUUCACUCCCACUAAUCCUGUUGGCCUUAGCCAAUGGACACCGAAUCAACACUUUGUUUCCUCUGUCCUUAGUUGGCCCUGCAAUUCUCCAACUGGUUCAUAUCUCUGCUCUCAGUUUCGAGAGCGGAACUGGUAAAGACAUAAAGUAUGUUUUCUUUGAGGCAUCAACAAUUUCAGGCAUUUUACAUGCAAGUUUGUACCUGGACUCUGUUGUUUUACCAUACUAUACAGGUUUUGAUGCCUUAAACAUGUCGACAUUUUCAGGUGAGUGUCCAUCUUGUGUGUGCCGAAAUGAGAGUUUGAUUGUGGGUGGAAAGAUAGUGUCUUACAGGGGUUGGUCACUGACCACAUUUUUGGUUGUGGGUGCUUUGUGUUUGAGAAUAAUUUUCAGAGUGUGUGGGGAAACAAAAGGAAAUAUCUUAUUAGUUAGAACCUUCUUGGAGGGUUUAGCUUGGAUCCUCAUAGCUGUAGAUUGUAUAUAUCUAACCAUAAAUUCUCCACCAGAGAGAGUAAUUUUGAAAGCUUCUCUAUUUGGGGGCAUCUUUCUCUUGAUUUGCCUUCAUGGCCUCAAGAAGGUAUGCUCUCAUAUCAAACGACUUGUUUAAUAAAUGUACAAAGACCAUUAUUCUGUAAAUAUAUGAGAGUGACACUGAGAAGAGAGAAAAAGAAUUAAAUGAUGUUUUAUUUUAUUUUUUCUACUCUUCCAUACACAAUUUUACAAACCAGUCAUGACAAUGAAAGAAAUAUAAGUAUAGCUUACAAGGAAACAUAUUCUUCUGGCUGGAGUUACUUAUAUUCACAAUAAAAGGGUCAUUAUUGUAUUGAGGCAUAUAUAAAAGGGUUCCAUCUAUAAAAAUCAAUUAAUAA